AUGUUUCCCGCUGGGUCACCAGAUCCGACUUCACCGCACCCCACGGAUGCGGUGGCACAAUCGUCGAUAACAGCCUCUCAAGACCCUUCCCCGACGCAAUUUGAGCUACUCUGUGCUAUUGCAAAUCUACCUCCUCCAGGACUAGACCAUUUUGAAGCUCGGCGUGCUCUCUGGCUUACACCACCGAGUGCGGGAGACCCAACUCCAACGAUUGCCCCAAAUUCGGACUCGGAGCCACAGCGAUCGAAUACUGCCCGCACUAAACUCGAAGACCUUCUUUCUCGUCCAGGAGCCCUUGAGAGCGAUGAAGUAUGGGAAGUCGGGCUCGCAAAAGUCUGGAGGGGCCUCGUCGGUGGAGGCCGCUUGAAAAAGGCCCUUCCUCUCAAUAUUGUCAUCAAAAUCCUGCAAGCAGGAUGGCUUCGAGAUGGCACUUGGCCUGAAGGAGCAGCUCAACCCACAGAUGAUCCGUUCUUUCAUAUGCCAGCGACUCCAACCAUGGCAGCUCCUCAUCCCUCCUCCAUACAGUUAAAUUCCAGUCCGUACGAUCUCGGAGUACCGACGGACACGACAGCUUGGACUGUAGAAGUAGACGAGGAUGUUAUGAGUCAGGGUCCAGGAUGAUCGAUCAUAGAUGUUUCUCGAACUGGAUCGUGUUAGGUUCCCUUCAGCAGACGCCUUUUAUGCCUGUGCCGUAGCAUAGGUCAGCCUCUGGUUCGUUGGCUUUCUGUCGGAACAUGUCUCGUCUUGACCUUUGGAUAAUUUUCUGCUCUGCCUUCGCUACUAUACAGACAUCAAGGUUUCAGUGUCAUUAUGGCGCGGCUUCAGUUCGUGUCACCGUUUAUUUCCGCCCUUUAGUUUCUUGAUGUAUGUUGUGGGUCAUCGGAGCAGUGCUCCUGUUGUAAUUC